AUGGAUACACCUAUUAAAAUAGUGUCUGCCAUUCAAUUACUCUAUAACCUGGACUCAACCUCGAAAGCAAAUCGUGAGCUUAUUCCAGCACCAGUACUUGCGAUUCUAUCGAAUUGGUUCCCUGACGAGCAUAUUAGGUCACAAGGAUAUUACGAAAACAUCGUACCCCGCUACUCCGAUGCCGAUUUCCGAAGCCAUUUUAGACUGACCAGAUCAUCCGUCGAAGUUCUUAUUCAAAAACUUGCAACAUCAGCUGUAUUUCGUGACAUUGCAAGACGUAAUUGUGGAAAACAGCCUGUUGAUCUUUUGAAAGCAAUUUUGAUAACGCUCUGGCUGGUACUAAGACCAUCAAUUAAAUGGCCAAGUGUUGAAGAGAGGAGUGCUAUUGCCCAAGAAUUUGAGGGCGCAGGAUCACUUCCGGGGGCGAUUGGGGCAAUUGACGGAACGUUUAUUCUAAUUCCAGCACCAAAACAAGAUCAAGAGUCGUACUACAACAGAAAAAAAUUUCAUGCCGUAAUUUUGCAAGCUGUAUGCACGCUUAACAUGGCCUUUUCGGAUUGUUACGUGGGUUGGCCGGGAUCAUGUCAUGAUGCUCGUGUUCUCAGGAAUUCAAAACUAUACCAAUCAGCUACUGCCCUCUGCAAUCCUGAGUACUACAUUAUAGGGGAUCCUGCUUAUCCGAUAAGACCUUGGCUUAUGGUGUCGUAUAAGGAAAAUGGCCACCUCACGGAAUCACACAGAAGAUUCAAUAAGGCUUUAUCCAAAAUGCUAGUGGUUAUUGAGCAAGCUUUUAGUUUAUUGAAGGGCAGAUUCCGGCGACUGAAAUUUCUGGAUAUUCAGGAUAUGAAAGAAGUAAACGAGACUGUCAUGAUGUGUUGCAUUUUACAUAACAUGUUAGUAAAUGAAGGAAACAUUGAGGAAUUCUUGGAACCCGUCAUAAUGGAAGAAUCCAGUCAGUUCGGGUCAGAUGAUGUUGAUGACACAAGUGCUAAGGCUGAAGGCGAGGAUAAGAGGGAAUGGCUAAGAAAUUAUUUAAUGCAAUAA